UGUAUCUUCUUCUUCUUCUUCAAGCUCUCGAUCUCACUGAUUCUUCUCUUCAACAACUCGAUCUCCUCUUCCUCCUUUUCAAUUAGGGUUUCUACAGACGGAAUUCUGAAUUUUAAUUUAAUCGAAUUAUAUUGUUUUUUUUUGGGGGGUUUCUUCGACUUGACCAAUCUGGUGAACACCACAAAGACGAAUAUAUAAAAGAUAACAGUUGUAAUUAAAUCUCUGUGAUUCUUAAAAAUGGAACAGCUUGUUAACUUCAUCAUUCGACCUCCAAGAGCUGAGUAUGACCCGGAACAUGAUUUAUUGGAAAAGGAGUUCAUGAUGAAGGGUAGAUGGUAUCAGAGAAAGGAUUUAGAGGUUAAAAAUAGUAGGGGAGAUGUUCUCCAGUGUAGUCAUUAUAUGCCAGUUGAACGCCCUGAAGGAAAGCCUUUGCCCUGUGUGAUAUACUGCCAUGGAAACAGUGGAUGCAGAGCGGAUGGCAGUGAAGCUGCAAUUGUGUUGUUGCCUUCAAACAUCACAGUUUUCACACUUGACUUUUCGGGAUCAGGUAUCUCAGGCGGGGAACAUGUCACCUUAGGCUGGAACGAAAAGGAUGAUCUGAAGGCUGUGGUUGAGUUUUUGCGGCAGGAUGGAAACGUAUCUCUAAUUGGGCUGUGGGGGCGGUCAAUGGGUGCUGUUACUAGCUUGAUGUAUGGAGCCGAGGAUCCUUCAAUUGCAGGAAUGAUUCUAGAUAGCCCAUUCUCUGAUUUAGUGGAUCUGAUGAUGGAACUUGUAGAUACAUAUAAGUUUCGUCUGCCGAAGUUUACUGUAAAGUUUGCAAUACAGUUUAUGCGGAGAGCUAUUCAGAAAAAAGCAAAGUUCGAUAUAAUGGAUCUAAACACCAUUAAGGUGGCAAAGUCGAGUUUUGUUCCAGUUUUAUUUGGACAUGCCUUAGAUGAUGACUUUAUCCGCCCUCAUCAUUCAGAUAGGAUAUAUGAAGCCUAUAUAGGUGACAAAAAUAUCAUCAAAUUUGAGGGAGACCACAACUCCCCAAGGCCCCAAUUCUACUUUGAUUCGGUAAAUAUAUUUUUCCAUAAUGUUCUUCAACCUCCAGAGGUGGUGGGGCCGACAUUUUAUGACCCAUUGGAUGAUUACUUUGCAAAGGGCAGUUGGGGCACUAUGCAUGACACAAAUAUUCCACAAUCCUCGGUACAGAAAAGUUUAGCCGCGGGUAGCAUCUUUGAAGCUAUUAAUGAAGUACGCAAGAAACGACCCAUGAGUCGCACAGAUGUUCCUUCGAAUGUCACAUCUAACGGUUCUCCAUCAGAAGCUAAGGAAAAAGAGAGUCAUGAUGGACACGCCAGUUCAUCUCCUGAUAUGAUAAGCUUUGAUUUGUCAAAUGGCGAUCAGUACCCUCCUCACCUUAGGAUGGCUCUAGAUAAUGAUCAGUAUGUGGAGUAUCAGAUGGAGGACAUGGGAGAUUUCCCAUCUAAUGCACAGGAAGAAGAAAGGAUGCUUAUGAAAGCGGUGAUGGAAUCGUUGAAAGACUUGGAAGUGCAAAGUCAACAAAAAGAAGAAGCUCCUGAGACGAGAAUUCAUGGUGGCUCUGCAUUUCUAAAAGCAACUCAAUGCCUUUCUUCCAGGGAAGAAUCAACUUCAACUCGAGCAAAUCAACCAGAGACUGAUUCUGCUUCCAGUCCAGCAACAUGUAGCCAGGAUCAACUACCGUCAUCCUCCGAGUCCAAUCCUCCAAGUGAGACCUCGACUUCUCAGGCAAGACCCAUAAAGGCUUCUGAUCCUGGCUCUUUAAGCCAGAAGGAAAGCGAGACCCGUGACAUGUCAGGAGUUACAAAGGCCACUGUGACAGUUGAACGUAGUAGUAGCGCACCGGGGAAAGUCUUAGACGGGUUAAUACGCAGGUGGGAUCUAAACUUCUUCAAAAACAGCAAAUAAGUCCAGUUAUGAAUUUGGUUGUGUAAUUGCGUCAAGUCAGUGCUAUGCAUAUUGGUUCAAAAAUAGGAGGGCGUUUCAAAGGUAGGUUGAUAAUUAAUUCGUUGUUGGCUUUGGUUAUUCAAAUGUUUACAUAUGAUUUUAUUCAAACGUUUGUUCUUGUGGAUAUGCAUUAUGUUCAUUCCAAAUGCUCUUUAUCCUCUUGUUACAAAACUAUGAUAUGAUUCAGUUGUUCCUUUUAAGUUCACUUUAAUGAUGUCUUUUCUUGGACUCAA